AUGAGUGAGUACUCGUUCUAUCACUACAACCCUAGUGUAGCAGCAGCAGUCAUCGCCCUUAUCUGCUACGGCGCGAGCACCGGCUUCCACAUCUUCCAGCUAUGGAAGCUCCGCAGUUGGUUUUUCACAACCUUCGUCGUGGGGGCAAUCAGCAUAUUUCCAGUGAUGACCGUGGGCUACGUGUUCCGCACUGCCUCAGCAAAAGACAAAACCGCUAUCGGGCCUUAUAUCGGGCAAAAUGUCUGCAUCCUCCUCCCCCCUUCCCUCUACGCAGCGACAAUCUACAUGAUAUACAGCCGCAUCGUCCUCUUCUCUCGCUCUCUUGAACUAUCUAUAAUCUCACCGCACAAGGUCACCAAAAUCUUCGUGAUCGGGGAUGUCAUUGCAUUCCUGAUGCAAGCUUCCGGCGGUGGGAUGAUGGCCAUCCCUUCCAUGUCUAGUCUCGGCCAGAAGGUGACGAUCGUGGGACUCUUCGUGCAAUUGGUGUUUUUUGGUGGAUUCUUCACUCUCUCUGUUAUAUUUCACCAACGAGUCCAGAAGCUGAAAUGCGUCCGGGUGCUUUCAAUGCCGUAUGGGCCGUUGUUAUAUACCCUGUUUGGAGUGUCGUUGUUGAUUAUCGUUCGGUGUUUGUUUCGCAUCGUUGAGUUCUGUCAGGGGAAUGCCGGGUAUCUUGCCAGUCAUGAAGUGUUUAUGUAUGUGUUUGAUACUCUUCUGAUGUUCGUGGUGCAGACUGUUUUUCAUUUUCUUCAUCCGGCAAAUGUGCUCAGGGAGAGGGCUUAUCGCGAAGUGGAAAUGAGGGGGUGA